CAAGUAUUGUAUAGAAUUUUUGUUGGCUGAACUGGUGCACUUAUUCCGACUGAAUGCUAUCACGAAUAUCCGACGCUUUGGGGUGUUGUGACAAAGAUUCUUCAAGUGACUAUGCACCUGAAGGCAGUAGUUGGCUAUCAACAAGUGUGGAAGUUACUCCCUUUUUUGUGGUCCCAGCUCAAACGCUACAAGAUAUCUUGCAAAAAAUUGGGAUAAGUAGAUGUCCGAAUACGGGACAGUUUUAUCUGACUAAAAUGCCAUUCUUAGCCGUUAACAAUCAUGUAUCCAAUCCUACUUCACCUUGGGCUAUGGCUUAUUCCGCUCAAAAGCGAUGCCGUUAUUUGGAAACUUUUCUAAAGUCCAAGCAUCAGUUGUGUCACAAACUGACUGAUGAAUUACGCAGUCUAUCAGCAGUUUCAAAUGAAGAUAUUCCAAGUAAUUUAUCUACGUUCCUCAAUUUGCUAUAUCCUUUACUUACGGACACACCCAAUGCGGAAGUUGAUCUUCCCGAUAAUGACGUCUUGCUGUUGUUUGGCUCUCCAGCAACAGCAUUUCAAAUACUUUUGUUUACACCAUGUUUGUGCUCUCUUCUGACGGACUUCGUGUUGGAGCUAGUUGCUAAUCAUUCGCCAUAUUCUGAACAUCUUCUUGAGCAAUUUCGACAACCCAUUGGUCUUCAUCCAUUGUUCGGCACCAAACAAACAUUUUCUGACAUAUCCUCACGUCUUACUGACCUGUUUCAGAUUGCUGAGGAACCACGAGUACAAGCCAAAAUCCUUGGGAUCCUUCCUGAUCUGGCAUCUUCUCCUUGUUCGUCAGGGUGUAUAUUAAGUGAUGAAGACAGAUCAUCGCUUGUUUACCAGCUUAUCAACUUACUCGAUAAUGUAUCUCUUGAAAAUCAACACACCUCAUCCAAGGAUUGUAAUGCAGUCAUUUGCCUCAUCGAGUGUUUAACGGAUUUUUCUGUGAAAGGAGACUUGAUGGAUAGACUACAUUCUGCUUUCUUCCAACUUCUUGAUCGCUGUAAUGGCCUGGAUUUCUAUUUUGAGUAUCUUCGUAUAAUAACUCGUUGUCUUUUGAUUAGUGGACCAGCUCUUCCACAGACACCAGCUGAAUUAUCUAGACUUGUAACGCGUUUACGCACUUUUUUCAGUUUUGCUAGAUCAGGCUUCGUUGAUUCAGCAGCUGUAAUAAAUUCUACUCUUGUUGACCUUUUACGAGUUGCAUUUCGAUUUAACAAAAAUAUUGCAUCUGAAUGGAUACGUGUAAUUGGUUUAGAUUCUCAAACGUGGGACUCAACCUGUCAGACUAUCAAUGGUUUCAGACCUCACAAUCAGUCUUUUCAAGAUUUCAUCAUACUAUGUAUAGCUCUCAGUACUCCAACAAUGACUGUUCAGAAAAGUGGAGAUAAUUUAGAUGUGGCUUCAAACACUUCUUCAAUGGAAGCUCUCUGUUCUUCUGAUUCAUAUCAAUUUAAUCGCUUAAAAACUGAAGUGCUCUCUUCAGUACGUCGUCUUUUGAUUACUGGAAGGUUGUUUUCACAUGAUAAGAUCCAUAGUGAUAUAGACACAUUUCUAGCAAAUUACGGAGAGUUACUAUUUUCUGGGAGUACUCGUCUUUUUUCACCAUUUACAUUCAUUUUGAAUCAGCUUAUCGCAUCAAAUGAUCUGGUUCCCACUCAUUUCAAAUUUGUAACCAGGUAUAUUGCCCUCUCUUUAUACAUCAAAACAUUCACUAGCUGCAUGAGUGACCAUUUACAAAAACAGGAAAUUAUAAGUCAUCUUGUUCACCAUUCGUUGACGGGGAUCAAUAACUUAAUUGUGAGAAAUACUGGUCGCUUUAAGUUGGAAGGCAUCAUAGACGCUACUCUUGUGACAUUGAUACGACUAGCUCAAUCGAGUGCUAAAGAAUUGGGGAUUUUCGAAACAAAUUUACGUGCUCUUCGCAAUCAAGUUGAUUUUACGGGGUAUUGUUGUGAUCCUAAACAAACUAAUUUGAAAGAUUUUAACGUGUUUAAUGGGCACCACUCGGGCUAUUUACACCGGAAAAAACAUAUAAAACAUAUAUUUUUUAUACUCGCAUAUACGGCAUUUGGAAUCAGAGAACAUCGCGAACAACAGGACAGUUUACUGCUGUUUGUUCGUAAGCUGCUGUCAAGUCAGUCAUUAUUUUCGAAAUGUGUGGGUAUAAUCGGUGCUGUUGCAAUAAUUGAAGUAAUCUGCAAGAGGGACUCUUCAUUGAAAAACAUAGAACGCAAUUCGGCUACUUGUCUUUCACUGAAUGAAGAUGACUCUGCUGUGUUAGCUUCACAGCUUGCCCAUGUGGAUAGCGGUCGAAGCAGUACAUAUACUACGAAUACUAGUCGAAGCAGUAAUGCUAGUUCAUUGAGCUUGAAAGUUCCUGGCACAGAACUUGCUGAUGACCCAUGUGAUGUUCAUCUGUCAGUUGGUGACAGUGAGGAAGAUACAGGUGCUAACUGUUCUCAUUCUUCUCACCUUAUAACGCCACCUUCUCGUCUCCUGCUAAGACUGAUAGGAUUGGUCGAAUAUUCAGUUAGUUCAUAUUGUCAACUAAUGGUGUUUUGGUUAGACGAACUGGCAUUUUGUUUUAAUCGAUUAACUCAACUAAGUGAUAAGUACAGAACAAGUCAAUCCAUUUUAGAUCAUGGAUCUAUUAAUGAAUCUCCCUUUUACGGAGAAGGCAAAAAGCUUGUCAUUUGGAUGGGUGCUCGAAUCAUGCGCCAUUUCCAGGAUGAUUUCGUUUUGGAUAACGCUCCUUUACAAAAUUAUUUACCUCAAUUUUCAUUGCAUAAACCGAGUCUAUGUGAAGUCGCGGUUGCUUUGGGACCCUCAUGGGUCAGAUGCUCAGCUAAUCAACGUUUAUUCAAAGGGGCAAGUUUGGAGAAUUCAUCUGCUUCGAGUCCUCUUUUAUUACCUGCAUAUUUAAAUUUGAUAGCAAUUGUAGAGGCAGAUCAAAAUGGUGGAAAUUUAGAUACCAUCGAUGCCCUUUUGGGUUGUCCAGUCCUAGUGCCAAACAUGUUUUUGAACAGCGAGGCUACCCAGUUGAUCACGGCGAAUGAACCAGUCAGCAUUGAGGAGCCUUACUUAGUCAUAGGAACUAUCAACUGGUUCAUAGAAACUGUCAACGUUUUCGCUUCUAAGUUACUGUUUGCCAAUUCGUCUAGUUCACAAAAUUUUCACUUUCAUGCAGUUGCAUCAACUAAUGUGUUUAAUUCAACUCGUAUACAUUAUUUAUCAAUCCUUUUGCGUCUCAUUCAGAUUGCAAAACUUCGUCAUUGUCUCUAUUAUUACUUAGUAAUAGCAUUCAGAACGAAGGACGUCCAACAACCAGAUGCAGUUGAGAUAUCCGAUAUGGAAAACCCUGGAUUUCAGUCUCAUCGUAUGUCAACCGACAGUGAGUAUAAGGUUUCUUCGUCGAGUCUAUUCUUCCCUACUGCUACUUAUCAACCUGCAACGUGUUUUUCUAAUCAUUUUGCUUCUUACAAUAAAGAAGUUAAUCAAGUUUGGUUUAAUUGUGGUGUUCAUUUGCAGUCAUUUCUGUCUGGUGAUAUAGAUUGCUCUUCAGGCCGAAAAAGAAAUAAUUCCAGCUCAAGAUUUGGUACAUGUUCUAAAGGAAAAGAAACACAUGUCUCCUCCAACUUAAGUAUUGUAAAGCGUAGAAAAGCAUUAGAGAACACAAUCGAAAGUCAAUGGGAUAACGUAAAUGAAAAUCAAGAUGACAAUUUAUCUGAAAUGAGUGAUUCAGCUGUUUCACAAGAUGAAUCUAAUGCAAUUCAGCAGAGCGAUUCACCGCAAAUCUCAAGGAAACAUGGCAAAAAGACUGUUUUUGUUAAAUCAUCCAAAAUGGCUAAAGUCAGUAGAAAAGCAAUUAAAUCUGAUAAACUCUGUGUGAUGCCAAGUUUACGUGAAUUGACCACUUGUUUUCGCGAAUUGGAUCUCAGUGCCAUUGUUUUAGGUCUAAGCUCUUGGCCAUGGAUAGUGAAGUGUAAUGAUAAUCAAGUAUCCAAUGUGAGUUCUAUUGAUUGGACAACACUUAAUUGGCUACUUGAUGAAUUAAGUAUCCGUUUGGACUAUGUUAUUGGAAUCCCCUUACCCGCCACAAAUGGGUGGAAUGCAUUUGAACGUUUAAACAAUCUCACCGAAUCUUCGAAGCUUGCUUAUUUCACUUAUAUUGUUCCUUAUCUUGUCUAUAUACUAGUGCAUGCAGUGGAUUAUAUUUCAGGUAUAGCUAAGCACGCAAAUUAUUCGAAGAGCAAUGUGAGUGACACAGUUUUCUCAUCAGACUCAUCUGAUGAUGAGCGUAGCUCACAGGAUAUUACGGAGUCCAAAAAGUCACAGUCGGAUGCUGAAAAAAUAAAUCCAAUUAAUAGAAGUAAAUUUAUCGAAAGUUUAUCAUCUGGAUUAAAUUGUCAGAUAUCAUCCAUCGUGUGCAUUUGCUUACGUUCUUUGUUGAUUUUCACAAAUGGAUUCAUUAAUCUCUCUCCCAACGUCGAACGAUAUUUAUUUGACAGCCCUGAUUCAUCAGCUAUCAGUUCUAUGACCACUUUCACAUAUAAUACCAUAAACACAUUUGCCAAGUGUUGUAAAUCGAACAUCAAUACAAGUGCUACACGUGAAAUUAUAAUAAAUGCAGAGGGUAUCAUUAGACCCGACCACUAUAAGCCUAUUAAUCAUGAUUAUGAUGUAGAACAAACCACAUUGUUUAUGAAACAAAUGGAUGAAGUAAAUGGAAAACUUUUUGUUGAUAUUUACGAUGAAAAUCAUGACUCGCUGCCCAUUUUAAAAGAAAUAAAUAAUGUGCCCAGAUUUGACAAUGCUGCCUUAUCUGAAAACCUACGUACAGUCAUCGAAUACUUGAUGAAGAAUUUAACACCAUCUCGUUUACCUAAUGCUCAUGCAGCUGUUUUGCACUGCCGCCUUGUAUUUUAUUUGUCUUCUUUGUAUUAUGAAUGUCAAAACAGCUUAUCCGUCUCAUGUCAAUCAGAUGAAAAUACAUUUUGGGUUCCAGAUUUAUUCUCUUACACAAAAGAUGUGUUGAAUCAAGAAUGGGAAGCUUCUAUCAAGUUGAAAGACCAAACUUAUUCAGAGUAUCUUCAAGCUCUACUAUCAUUCCAUCUUCGUUGUCAGUUCUAUCGUUCAAAAAAGCUUUGUUCUUUAUCCCAGUCAACUAGUUUAUUAGUAGAUUUCACCAGGAGAGUUCUCGCUCCAACUGUACAGUGUCACCAGAAUACCACUCAUCCAUUAUCUUCAAAUGGCGUUUCUGACAAUUUACAUAAUUCAUACCGAACUUUAAAUCGACAGACAACCGAUAUAUUUUGUCGUGAGGUGUUGGAAAGUGUAGUCUGGUGGAAUUACAGCAUGAAUUCUAGGAAUACAUUACAUGAAGAAAGAUACUGA